CAGAAGUUAAAAUGAGGUCUUUUGGCGAGCAGUUGGUGUGCUUAGAAUGGCCCGGGAGGAUUCGGUGAAAUGUCUGCGCUGUCUGCUCUACGCGCUCAACUUUCUCUUCUGGCUUAUGGCCUUGUGUGUGCUGGGAGUGUCCGCCUGCCUCAGGGAUCACCUGAACAAUGUGCUCACCUUAACCGCAGACACCAGACUGGAGGAGGCAGCCGUUCUCACAUACUCCCCCGUCGUCCAUCCUGUCGUCAUCGCCGUGUGCUGUUUUCUCAUCAUCGUGGCCAUGGUGGGCUACUGCGGCACGCUCAAGUGCAGUCUGCUCCUACUGUCCUGGUAUUUUGGCAGUCUGAUGGUGAUAUUCUGCGUGGAGCUGGCCAGUGGAGUGUGGACGUAUGACGAGCCUAUGGUACAGAGGUCUGAUAUGAUAAGUCUAAAGUCACGCAUGCCUCAUUUUGGCCUGCAGCGCUACCAGUGGCUCACGCAUGCCUGGAACUCUUUACAGACUGAGUUAAAGUGUUGUGGAGUGAUCUACUUCACUGACUGGCUGGAAAUGACAGAGAUGGAGUGGCCACCUGACUCCUGCUGCUCCAAUCAAUAUCCAGGGUGCGCCCGCAAUGCCCACUACCAUGACCUCAGUGACCUUUACCAGGAGGGUUGUGGUCCCAAGAUCUACAGUUUUAUCCGGGGCACCAAGCAGUUGCAGGUGUUGAGGUUCUUGGGUGUGUCGAUCGGAGUGGCCCAGAUCUUAGCCAUGACGUUGACUGUGACACUACUAUGGGCUCUGUAUUACGACCACAAACCACCUGACCCAGCGUCCCCGGAUUCUUUAAUCCACACGCACAGCCCCGCAGAAGACCCCCUGAAGCCCAGCCACUCACACCCACGAGCGCCUGAGGCCUGGGCCAAUGCGCCCGCUAACGGACACACCCAGUUUGAGAUGGAGCAGCUUUCCUAGCAUAGACUUGAUGGUGACCCAUCAGCUGCUUCGACACUGUGGAGACACUAAAGAUGAUGUUCCUGCCCUCUACUGACACUAAACGGAUCGGACAGCAGUGAACUGGACCAGAAAAUGGACCUUAUGUGGGAGCCUGGAUGACAACAUUUAGAUGGUGUGAGUGGUUUUAUAGAUAACUUAAUAUACUGUGGAUAAAAAGCGGCUUUUGUGGUCAUUACAUGGAAAGAAGAAGAGGAUUUACUGGGUUCUUCCAAAAUAAAGCCAUUGCCUCGGUCUCUACAGACUUGAAUUCUCCAGAGGGAGGUUUCUGGAAUGAACCGUUUUCGCAUAAAUCUUCCUUCCUCUCAAUGGAACGGGCCAUCACCACUUACACUGACCUAGUCGCAAACCACUAAAUCGAGUGCACACUUUACGAUUUUAGCCACUAUUUAGACAAGAAUCAGGAAUCGUAAGUGAUUUUUCAAGAGAAUCUGCAAUCUUGUUAGUCAAAAUGUAGCAUUCUUUUCACAUUCACAAUUUACCUCAAGUUUGUUCAGAAAAAUUCACAAAUUCCUUCUUUCAUUCAAGCUAUGACAUUCAGACACCAACUUUAUUUUUCUUUACAAGCGCAAAGGUUUGUGUGUUGUACUAUUUAACAUUGGUAUUUGAGCAUUCAAAUUUAUUUAAAGGAAAAGACAAAACAAAAACUGCCUGCCUUGGCUUUUACACAAU